AUGUGCGGCCUGUGCCACUGCGGGCGGCAGCGGGAUGAUCCCACCACGGGCCCUGCCCUUGGGGACAUCCGGAUCACUACUAAUAUCGGUCAGUUCCUGAACUAUUAUGGGAAGAAGCCUGGAGAGCCUGUGACAACCCAGCCGGGCAGCAGGGCUGGCAUGUCUGCUAUCACAACGGUGAUGUGGACCGGCGGAGCCUGGAGCACCGGCCUCUUCGAUGUCUGCAGUGACAAGAAAGUUUGUGUCUGUGGCACUCUGUGCGUCCCGUGCCUGGAGUGCAGCGUGGCCCGGCGCGCCGGCGAGUGCUUGUGCUUCCCCCUGCUCCCGGGGGCCUCCUUGGCGCUCAGAGUAGGGGCCAGAGAGAGGCACAAGAUACAGGGGACCAUUUACGAAGACUGGAUAGCAGUUUACUGCUGCUGGCCUUUUGCUGUCUGUCAAGUGGCCCGAGAGCUGAAGAGGAGGGCUGUGACCCAGAUCUGUGAAGUAAAUGCCAUUCCUGUAGCUGAAGACGUCCUAGUUAGAAAAAUCCCCAGCAAGGGAGCCUGAGUCAUGAUUCCUUCUUU